CCAAUAUCACACGGCCAGCAUUCCUUCUGCACACCAACCAGUAUUUCUACGCAACCUUUGGCAGCUACGCAUCCUCCAUUCGUUCCUCCUUCCCUUUCCGCGCUGGUCGCGUUUAUUCUUGACAGCAUUGUUCAGCCCAUCCAUUGUCCGGGCGUCGUCUCUGCCUUCUAUCCUUAUCAUUGGGUGGUACCAACACAUGUCACCUAUCCUUCCAAGUCCCAUUCCAACCAUCUCUAUCACGCUGGCGCCUACGCUCGAUGAUAUAUUGGUUGAAUGGCCAUCGUUUCCCUUUGCACAUUCCAUUGAAACCGAUAGCGGUGUACGCCCGCGAUACUUGUUGCCCCCACCCUCAAUGUCACCCAGGGAGGCACUUUUUCCCAAGCCAUUGCCCGCGGACAAGGAGGGAAUAAACAGGGGUCGCUUUGAUGAAUUAUUAAGAGGUGCAAAACAAAGAGCGACUUCAAAGAAGUCUGUAGAUUUACGGAGGGAAGUAAACAUGAAAGUGCACACGUCGAAACAAGAUGAACGUCGACGGAUAUUUCUUGCUAAGAUCCAAGCUCCGCCUUCGGUCGAGGCUAUGAUGACCCCAGUGACGCCACCCGAAACGCCAGCCGAAUUCCAUUUCGCCCUUCCAUCUCCUGGGCUUACUUCGCCGCUCGCUCUCUUUGAUGGCGUUCACCAAAAGAUGGGAGAGUUCAGGCUUGAAAAGUGCAGACCAUGGGUAGAACGCGUCGAUUGGACAAAGUGCGCACGAAAGAAAGGGGGCGAGUGCUCAGCAUGCCCCCAAGACCGAACUGAGCCAUUUCGCCAAAUCAAAGCUGACCCACCACUCAUGACUCACUCGGAUACCCUGAUGGCACCAACAGAACGAGAAUUGCUCUUCCCAUCUUGGAUCUCCAGCCGACCGCUACCUGCCCGGAACUCAUCCCUCAGGACACCGCCUUUAUGUUUGCCUCUGCGACAACAUGAAAAAGCAAGAGAGUACCGGCAUCGGGUUGUUCCGGGGGACACAAGGGAGCUGCAAGGGAUUAUGAAUGGGACGUUCUCGAACGUUCCUAACCCCAUACUAUUGCCAGCAAGAUCUUCCCUGGAUUCUGCAUGCGCGCGCACGCUGCGGACGCCCGCUCUGGCGGAGGUUGAAAAGGCGGAUAAAAUGCAUGGACGACCUCGCUCCGUCUACGGAACUGAGGCCCUAGCCACGGUAGCGGAGGGCGGGAAUCGGGUGUUGUUGAAGGAUUACCGAAGACUGAAGGGGGAUGAGAUGAUGCAGAAACUGAGGAAUCGGACUCUCAUACACCCAGAACCAGUGAUGCAAACAUAGAGGGGUUCAAGUCCGAUCGUCCUGCACUCUAAGAGGGAAGGUUAUUCCCAUUGUGUAUUCCAGUUUCAAAAAGGGUCUUGAUUCACGGACGCAUAGUACAAGUUAGCCUAAUUUUAAUUUUCGUUAGUGCAAUCUUAAGAUGUAUUUACUGUGGUGUUGCUAUCAAACAUGGUUC